ACCGCCGCUAGCCCUGGGUCCCGGUGCGGAGCCGAACCAGCGCCGUUCUCCGCGUCCCCCGCCUCCCUUCGUCCCCGGAGCGUCGUCCUCGCCCGGCCGCUCCCCACCCAGCCCUCCGCUGCCGCCGAGCCCAGCCCCGAUAGAUGGAGACAGGCCCCGCCACCGCCGACGCCGAACCACGAGCAGGAGCUGCCCGGCGAGAGGAGAACCAGAGUCGGCGCCGAGACCCAGCCCGGCCCUGAGGAGAAUGUCCCAGAAAUCCUGGAUAGAAAAUACUUUCACGAAGAGGGAAUGUGUGUAUAUUAUACCAAGUUCAAAAGACCCCCACAGAUGCCUUCCAGGAUGUCAGAUUUGUCAGCAACUUGUCAGGUGCUGCUGUGGCCGCUUGGUCAGACAACAUGCUUGUUUCACUGCCAGUCUGGCUAUGAAAUACUCCGAUGUGAAGCUGGGUGAAAACUACAACCAGGAAAUAGAAGAAUGGUCAGUGGAAAAACACACAGAACAGACCUCUACUGAUGCUUAUGGUGUCAUCAACUUUCAAGGUGGCUCUCAUUCUUACAGGGCUAAGUAUGUACGAUUGUCAUAUGACACUAAGCCUGAAGCUAUUCUGCAACUUAUGCUAAAAGAAUGGCAGAUGGAGUUGCCAAAACUUGUUAUAUCUGUCCAUGGGGGCAUGCAGAAAUUUGAACUUCACCCACGCAUCAAACAGUUACUUGGCAAAGGUCUUAUCAAAGCUGCAGUAACCACAGGAGCCUGGAUUAUAACUGGAGGAGUGAACACAGGUGUUGCAAAACAUGUUGGUGAUGCUCUAAGAGAACAUGCUUCCAGAUCAUCUCGAAAGAUUUGCACUAUUGGGAUUGCUCCGUGGGGAGUGAUUGAAAACAGAAACGACCUUGUUGGAAGAGAUGUGGUUGCUCCAUAUCAGACCUUGUUAAAUCCAUUAAGUAAACUAAACGUCCUAAAUAACCUCCAUUCCCAUUUCAUUCUGGUGGAUGAUGGAACAGUUGGAAAGUAUGGAGCAGAAGUUAAACUGCGAAGAGAACUGGAAAAAACGAUUAAUUUGCAACGGAUCCAUGCAAGAAUUGGCCAAGGUGUGCCUGUGGUGGCACUUGUGUUUGAAGGUGGCCCCAAUGUCAUCCUCACAGUUCUAGACUUCCUUCAGGAGAGCCCUCCAGUGCCUGUGGUGGUGUGUGAAGGAACUGGCAGAGCUGCAGACAUCCUGGCCUAUGUUCACAAGCAGACAGAGGAGGGGGGGAAUGUUCCUGAGGGUGCUGAGCCUGAAAUCAUUUCAACCAUCAAAAAGACAUUUAACUUUGGUCAAAGUGAAGCAGUUCAUUUGUUUCAGACACUGCUGGAAUGCAUGAAAAAAAAAGAACUUAUUACAGUUUUUCAUAUUGGGUCAGAUGAACAUCAGGACAUUGAUGUUGCAAUACUUACAGCAUUGUUAAAAGGCACGAAUGCAUCUGCAUUUGACCAGCUUGUUCUUACACUUGCGUGGGACAGAGUUGACAUAGCCAAAAAUCACGUUUUUGUUUAUGGGCAACAAUGGCUGGUUGGCUCCCUGGAACAGGCUAUGCUGGAUGCUCUUGUGAUGGACAGAGUUGCAUUUGUGAAACUUCUGAUUGAAAAUGGAGUAAGCAUGCACAAAUUUCUUACAAUCCCCAGGCUGGAAGAACUUUAUAAUACAAAACAAGGCCCAACUAACCCAACACUCUUUCAUCUUGUUCGGGACGUCAAACAGGGAAAUCUUCCUCCAGGAUAUAAAAUCAACCUGAUUGAUGUGGGGCUGGUUAUUGAGUAUCUGAUGGGAGGAACCUACAGAUGCACCUACACAAGGAAACGCUUCAGAGCGAUAUACAACAGCCUGAGUGGGAACAAUCGGAGAUCUGGGCGAAAUCCUUCAAGUACUACUCCUCAGAUGUGUAAAAGCCAUGAGUCUUUUGGCAACAGGGCAGACAAGAAAGAAAAAAUGCGCCAUAAUCAUUUCAUCAAAACAGCGCAGCCGUACAAACCAAAGAUUGACACUGGUGCUGAAGAGGGAAAAAAGAAAAGAACCAAAGAUGAAAUAGUUGACAUAGAUGACCCUGAAACGAGACGUUUUGCUUAUCCUCUGAACGAGCUGUUGCUGUGGGCAGUGCUGAUGAAGAGGCAGAAGAUGGCUCUUUUCUUCUGGCAGCACGGCGAGGAGUCCAUGGCCAAAGCUUUGGUGGCUUGCAAAGUCUAUCGGUCCAUGGCAUAUGAGGCAAAACAAAGUGACCUUGUUGAUGAUACUUCAGAAGAACUGAAACAGUAUUCCAACGAGUUUGGUCAGCUGGCAGUCGAGCUGUUGGAGCAGUCCUUCCGACAAGAUGAAACUAUGGCAAUGAAGUUACUGACUUAUGAACUUAAAAACUGGAGCAACUCCACUUGUCUGAAGCUGGCAGUGUCCUCGAGGCUCCGUCCAUUUGUAGCACACACUUGCACACAGAUGUUGUUAUCAGAUAUGUGGAUGGGAAGGCUGAACAUGAGGAAGAAUUCAUGGUACAAAGUGAUACUGAGUAUUUUACUCCCUCCUGCUAUACUGCUGUUGGAAUAUAAGACCAAGGCUGAAAUGUCCCAUAUUCCUCAGUCUCAAGAUGCACAUCAAAUGGCAAUGGAUGACAGUGAGAACAACUUCCAGACUGCAGCAGAUGAAAUACCUAUGGAGGUUUUUAAAGAAGUGAGGAUCUUGGACAGUACUUUUGAAAAGCAUGACAUGGAGACUCCAGCAAAGCCUAAAAGACUCCCAAUUACUCAGAAGUUUUAUGCAUUUUAUCAUGCUCCAAUUGUGAAGUUUUGGUUUAAUACGUUGGCAUACUUAGGAUUCCUCAUGCUCUACACAUUUGUGGUUCUUGUAAAAAUGGAAGAAUUGCCAUCUGUUCAGGAGUGGAUUGUUAUUGCUUACAUUUUCACAUCAGCAAUUGAGAAAAUUCGUGAGAUUUUUAUGUCAGAGGCUGGGAAGAUUAAUCAGAAGAUCAAAGUGUGGUUCAGUGAUUAUUUCAAUAUCAGUGACACAGUUGCCAUUGUCACUUUCUUCAUCGGGUUUGCAUUAAGAUUUGGAGCCAAGGGGGAUUUUGGAGAAAACACUUACAGAGAAAAUUACGUCUUUGUUGCUGGAAGAAUAACAUACUGUCUCAAUAUAAUUUUUUGGUAUGUGCGAUUACUGGAUUUUCUAGCUGUAAAUCAACAGGCUGGCCCUUAUGUUAUGAUGAUUGGCAAAAUGGUGGCCAACAUGUUUUACAUUGUGGUGAUUAUGGCACUUGUACUACUUAGUUUUGGUGUUCCCAGGAAGGCAAUACUGUAUCCUGAUGAGGCACCCUCUUGGACUCUAGCUAGAGAUAUUGUGUUUCAUCCAUACUGGAUGAUUUUUGGUGAAGUCUAUGCCUAUGAAAUCGAUGUGUGUGCAAAUAAUUCUGAUGAAAAAGUUGCUCAUCUCUGUGGCCCAGGAACAUGGUUGACCCCGUUUCUUCAAGCUGUCUACCUCUUUGUACAGUACAUAAUCAUGGUUAAUCUCCUGAUUGCAUUUUUCAACAAUGUGUAUUUACAAGUAAAGGCAAUUUCAAACAUUGUGUGGAAGUAUCAGCGCUAUCAUUUCAUUAUGGCCUACCAUGAAAAACCUGUUCUGCCUCCACCACUGAUCAUUCUUAGCCACAUGGCUUCCCUCUUCUGCUGUAUAUGUAAAAGAAGAAAGACAGACAAGACUUCAGAUGGGCCAAAGCUCUUCCUGACAGAAGAAGACCAGAAGAAACUUCAUGAUUUUGAAGAGCUGUGUGUUGAGAUGUAUUUCAAUGAAAAGGAUGAUAAAUUUCAUUCUGGAAGUGAGGAGAGGAUUCGAGUCACAUUUGAACGGGUGGAACAAAUGUGCAUUCAGAUAAAGGAAGUUGGUGAUCGUGUCAACUACAUUAAAAGGUCAUUACAGUCUCUAGAUUCACAAAUUGGCCACCUCCAGGAUCUGUCUGCUCUAACUGUGGAUACUCUGAAAACCCUGACUGCGCAGAAAGCCUCAGAAGCCAGCAAGGUUCAUAAUGAAAUCACUCGGGAAUUGAGCAUUUCAAAACAUUUGGCACAAAAUCUCAUUGAGGACGGCUCUCUCAGAUCAUCUGUGUGGAAAAAGCACAGCAUUGGAAAUGUCUUUGGUUCUUUUCCACAAGGAGGCCUUGAGAGCAAUAACGCUUUACUCUGUAACAUUUCUAUCCGUGAUGACAAAGAAGUCCAACAUAAGACAAUUGGUCAGGAGUUGGCUCUCGUUCCCCGAAGAGAAGAAAAAAACUUCCAAGAGGCAGGUUCCUCAGGCAGUGCCUUAUUUUCAAAUGCUGUUUCUCCUCCAGAACUUCGCCAACGAAUACAGGCUGCAGAGAUCUCAAAAUCCACUAGUAAAAAUAAAAAAUUAGGCAACUCAUCCAACAGCAUGCCACAUGUAACAUCCCCAGCAACAAAGUUUUUUGUUAGCACUCCAUCUCGACCCAGUUGCAAAAGUCAGCUGGAUUCUUCAGCAAAGCAUGAAGAGACUGUUUUCUCUAAGGCUACAGAAGGAGAUAAUAAUGUAGAAUUUGGUGCAUUUGUGGGUCACAGAGACAGCAUGGACCUACAGCGCUUCAAGGAGGCAGCCAGCAAAAUGAAGGAGAGAAGUGCUGAUAUUGAGGAGCAACAGGAAGACUUCAAAAAAGCUAUAUUGGAGGGUAUAGAGACAACCAGACUUCAAGGUCUUCAAACUGAUAGUGGUCUACGACAAUCCAGUUCUUGUGGUGGCUUCACUGACCCCCUGACAGCCCACUCAGAGCAGUUGUACAGCAAGAGCAGGAGAGCAUCGAGUGAAGAUACUCAGCAAGUUGACUCUAAAGCAGCCUUACUGACGGAUUGGCUACAAGGCAGACCUUCAAAUAGUGGUCAAAUGCCAUCGGAAGAAGAUGCAUUGAAUGGCAUUGCUUCUCCUUUCAAGCCUAUCAUGGAUAUCAAUUACUAUUAUUCAGCUGUAGAAAGAAAUAACCUGAUGAGAUUAUCACAGAGCAUUCCAUUCACUCCUGUGCCUCCAAGAGGUGAACCAGUCACUGUGUAUCGCCUUGAAGAAAGUUCUCCCAGUAUCCUGAACAACAGCAUGUCCUCCUGGUCACAGCUGGGGCUCUGUGCUAAAAUUGAAUUUUUAAGUAAAGAGGAGAUGGGAGGAGGUUUACGUCGAGCUCUCAAAGUUGUGUGCACGUGGUCAGAAUAUGAUAUCCUGAAAUCAGGACAUCUUUAUAUCAUCAAGUCUUUUCUUCCUGAAGUUGUGAAUACUUGGUCAAGCAUUUAUAAGGAGGACACUGUGUUGCACUUGUGUUUGAGAGAAAUUCAGCAGCAGAGAGCAGCACAGAAGCUCACCUUUGCAUUCAACCAGAUGAAGCCCAAAUCCAUCCCAUACUCUCCAAGGUUCUUGGAAGUUUUCCUGUUAUAUUGCCACUCUGCUGGCCAGUGGUUUGCAGUUGAAGAGUGCAUGACCGGAGAGUUUAGAAAAUAUAAUAACAAUAAUGGUGAUGAAAUAAUCCCAACUAACAUGCUGGAGGAGGUUAUGCUGGCUUUCAGCCACUGGACAUAUGAGUAUACAAGAGGAGAGCUCUUGGUAUUAGAUCUGCAAGGUGUUGGUGAAAAUUUGACAGAUCCCUCUGUGAUAAAAGCUGGGGAAAAAAGGUCAUAUGAUAUGGUGUUUGGUCCGGCCAACUUGGGAGAGGAUGCAAUAAAAAACUUCAGAGCAAAGCACCACUGUAAUUCCUGCUGCAGGAAACUGAAACUUCCUGAUCUGAAGAGGAACGAUUACACCCCUGACAAGAUCAUCUUUCCUCAGGACGAUGCCCCUGAAUUGACCAUUCAGCCUGGAAGCUGCACCAAAGAUUCCGACCCGGCCAACUCCAUUCGCCUGAUGCUCUGAUGAUGUGACCAACUCAGUGGCUUCGUUCAAACUUCGUGGAACCUCACAAAAUUGUCACUUACCUUUCCCUCACUAUAA